AGAUUGAAAAUAGAAAAACAGAAUUAAUAAAAGAUAUGAAAGCAUUCGAAACAUUGGUGAAAAUUAUAACUAAUAAUAUUGAAAAUGACAAGCUUUAUGAAGUAUAUACAGCCCUCAAGAAGCCUCUUAUUGUCGAAAUUGCUGCAUAUAACAAAGUUCUUAAUGCAAAAACUCAACAGCAAACCUGGAAUAAAUCAAAAAUAGGAAAAUUAGCUUUUUGGCUUCAGUAG